ACUGGAGAUAAAUAUAUACUGUUUUAAAGUAAUGUUUCAGACAAGCGCAAACAAUGCAAGACAAGGUACAUAGAGAUGAAUUUAGUUCACCUCCGUGUCACUGUACACACCCCACUCUACCUCAUCAGUUUGAUGGGUGCCUAAAGGAGCAUUCAUGACGGAGUUCAUCUCUAAUGACACGAUUGUGAGCCAGUUCAUUUAAAGGUCUUGUGUAUUCAAAAAGCACAUCUUUGUGUUUGUCAAUUGGAUAGCAAGAACAUUUAAGGUUUGAUACUUUUUCAACCCUGAGUUAUUUAGUGUAAAGGAAAGAAAAUGUCAUCUGAUUAAGCUUUUAAGAGAUUUUUUUCAUGACAUCAGGCAGAAGGAGAGGAGUCCUGAAGACAGAAGAAAGAAUGCUUCAUGCAUGUGACACAUGUGACGCAUGCAAACCAGAUCAUUAAGAAUACUUCAUGCAUGUGACGCAUGCAAACCAGAUCAUUUGCAGAUGGCUCUUUGCUAAUUUGGGUUCCACACAAGCCGCAUGUUAGAAACUAGGGCCUUCAUCAUGGUUUAUGGGAGUCCCUGAGAAAUGUAAAUUCUGAAAUGUAAAUUUGAAAUACACCUUGAAUUUGCACUAGACUUACACAAGAUGUGUACCAGUAACAUUUUAACCAUUACAAAGUCCAUAUUUUCUCAUGUGCUUUGUGAAUUGCUGGAAAGGGUAUACUGAAAACCAGGGGACUGAAUAUUACUUGUUAACAUAUUUCUAUAAAAUGGACAUUGAUUUUCACCAUGUACAGUAGGUGUUGAAAGUGUGUGAUCGAAUCAAAGGCCACAUCAUUUUCAAGAUUUUUUGCAGACAGGUUAAAUCAGUGAACCAAUAUUGCCAUUUUCUACAAAUGCUAUUUUUUUAUUGUUUUUCUUAAUGUAUUAUAUUGGUAUAGAGAAAACGUGAUACUUUAAUUUCUAUUUGUUCUGGUAGGAAUUAACAUGACCUGAUAGUGUUGCCUUAUACCGGUGAAGCGGGUGGAAUUUAACAGAAUGUGAAUUUUAAGAAUGAAUCAGCUACAGUAGAUCAGCAAAUGAAUAUGAAUGAUGGCUGACUGCUUACUGCUAGUGUACUGACAGAGUUGACUUUGGUAAAUAGCUAAUAGCACAUUUGAACACAUUGUACCAAAUGAAUAUGAAUUAUGGCCAACUGCUUACAUUUAGUGUACUGACAGAGUUUACUAAGGGAUAUUUACAUAUGGACAUACUUACAGUGGAGAAAGCAAACGCUCAUGGUGGAAAUUAAAAUGCUGAUGAAAAUGAAAAGAAAUCUUGAGUGUACACUUUAUAUGGUUCAAUAGCGGUUUCUCAUUUAUGAAUGUUUAAGGCAAUAUUAUUCAUGAAUAGAAUCAUUGUUUUUUUUUUUUGCACAAAAGAAUGAUGUAUAAUUACAUAUGGUGUUUGUGAAGGGACAAUACAAGUUAAUAGUUUUCCCAUUUUAAAACAGUAGUGUUUUGUUUAAAUGAAAAAAAAACUGCUAUACCGUUGCAAAGGUGUGGUUUUGUAUAAGCAAAACGUUAAACUCAGUGUACGUAGAAGUAAACUUUUUGAGAGCCGUACAAAAUUGCAUAUUAAAAAAUGACACGUUUUCCCUCAUAGGUGAAAGUAUGUGGGUGCUACCUGUAAUUCUAAUCUGUGUGACAACAUGUCUUCCUGGAAUCUUAUCUACAGACAACAAAGGAAAGCUGUUCAUCACAGCCUUCCCUGAAAAUGUAGCCUUCUACGACCCAGUGCCUCACAGUCACACUCUCUUUGUGACGGCUGUCAUGGAUAACACUCGGGUAACCAUUACGGUUGAGUCGAUGGUAAAACGGUCAACGUUUAUGCAAGCUGCGACCAUAUGGCGCGUAACCCUGGACGCCUCCGUUGAACUGCAGAGAUCCCAGUUCUCCCAGAAGUCAGUGGUCAUUAGAAGCACCAAAGACAUAACUGUUGAGUCUAGAAGUAAACGGAACAACAGCAGGCAGUUUGUGGUGCUUCAACCAGUAAGAAGUCUUGGGUCUUUGUACUACAUUCCCAUUUUAACCCAACGUGACAGCCUGCUGGCAUUUGAAGAUGUCCAUGGUGCAAGAGGGAAAAUAGUCAUAAUCAACUCAGAGGGGAAUAACACAGUCAAAGUGAAUUUCAAUGGGCAUGAUUUGGAACAACAGGAGCUUGUACCGUUUCAGGUUUUUCAGCUGAACAUGUCUGACUCUCAGCCUGUCAAGAUCACUGCAGAGCACAAUGUGGCAGUGCUGCUAACACAUCCUUGCACCAAUGCAACCCCCUGCGAUUGCCAAAUGGUGGUGAUCCAGUUGAGACCUGUUAACACCUGGGGUACAACCUUUCUUGUCCCCAGUGCCUUUGCUAAUGCAGCUGACAACAAAACAAAUGUGAUUGUCACUUCUGAUCAGAGAGUCACUGUUUCUGGUAGCUUUCAGUCUAUUAGUGAUUACACUUCUUCUACUUCCAUUUCCCAUUUUGUUCGUGAUCUUAAAACUCAAUACCUAAGUUCUUCUGGAAGUUCCUCUGUUAUGCUCAUCCAACCAGGAACCAUCACAGGGCUUAUACCAGAAUCAAGCUUUUCAGCUUGCUACUUAAUACGCCCAAACCAGAAGGCGUUAGUCAUAGCCCCACACUCAAACGAGAGCCAAGUGCAUCUGGGGAAAGACCGAAUUAGUUCAAACCAUAAUGUUCAAUGGCAGCCCAUCGAUUCCCAGCGCUACUCAUGGACAAUGAUUGACUUACCCAGCGAUAAGCCACAGGUCAUCUGGCAUCCAUCUACCAAGAUUGCAGUUUAUGUCAAAAAUAGAGAAAACUGGAGAGAAGCAAUCAGCCUAAGCACAAUACCAGAUCCUCAGGGUUGCUUGGUGGAUCUGCCAGGCUACUUUGUGAUUGAUCAGUCAGGGACCUGGGCUGAGACAAUCAGCCAUUGCAAGAAUCAGAAUAGUGAGCUGGUGAGCAUCAACUCCGAAGGGAUCCUGCAAGAGCUGUCUCAAAAUCUAAGCAACCCAAACAACGAGAAGGAGGUUUGGGUCGGCCUUCGCCGCCGUCUUGUCAACGGCGAGUGGUACUGGUUGAAUAAACAGCCCAUGAACAUCACCAAGUGGGUGGAAGGGCAGCCGAGGGGCUCCCAAGAGAACUUCUGUGCCUCAAUGUCCCUGAGCUCUUACAACACCUUUGGCUGGAAGAGCCAGGGAUGCUGUCACACCAUGAAGCCUGUCUGUUACAAAAAAGCGAGCUACUUCCCUGUGGAAGCACCUUAGCUGUGGGGAUACAAGUCAUAUUGAUGAAGUUAAGGAGUUGACUGUUGGCAUACACAUCAGCCUUUCUCCUGAACUUUAUACUCAGAGUUGUUAUAUAGUAUAGUUAUUAUCGCAAUCAACUGAAAUAUCUUGAUUAGAAGUAAAUAUGGUGGUAAAUAGAAAUAAAUGAAAGUAGAAUGGUAAAAUCACACCAGAAAUCUUAGGCUUUAGGCCCAUUGUGUUUGAUUUCAACCAUUUAUUAAAUGUGUUAUCAUUAAUAAUGACGGAUAUUGCUUUGCUGUCAGUGAUGUGUAUUGUUGAACUCUAAUAUUUAUUUGCCAUUGUAGAAUCAUUGUAGUGUUGUUUAACGGUUUCACACGGAUUAUUAUAGAAGUAGACCUUCACUCUACUGAAAAAAGAAUGAUGAUGAUGAUUUUUCUUGUGUAAUACAAAAGUUUUCAGGCAUAGACAGGUUAACUUCAAGCAUAAUCUAUUUCCUAUAAAGAUCCUAUAUAAUCCACCAUGAAUAAAGCCAUUUCAAAUAA